AUGGAUAGAAAUAUGAGAUCAAGUUAUGUGAGCAGUGGCCCAAGGUCUUUGCCUCACAUGGGUGGUGGUAAACGGCAGAACUCCAAUGGCAAUCACAACAGUGCCCGGUUGAGCCCACCAGCACAGAUCCCCCCAGGACAGUUGCUCAACAACAACAAUAACAAUAAUCAACAUGAUGAUCUCAUUAAUUAUAUCUAUGAAUCUUGGAAUAAGGUCACACGGGAGUUAGAAAGGGGUAGUGAAGACGCAAAGUACUACCAGGAAGUAUUGACGCCUCGGCAGCUAGCCAACUUCAGACCGUUCAACUUGGAGGAGUGGUGGGGACGGCGGCUUGUGCAGACUCUAAAUCGCAACAAGCACCGAUCU